CGCGUGGCCUCUCUCCUUGCCGGGAGGGCCGCGAUGGAGGUCCCGCCCCGGCUUUCCCAUGUGCCGCCGCCAUUGUUCCCCUCCGCUCCCGCUACUUUAGCCUCCCGCAGCCUCUCCCAUUGGCGGCCGCGGGCGCCGCGGCAGCUAGCCCCGCUCCUCCCUUCACUCGCUCCGAGCUCCGCCCGGCAGGGGGCGCGCCGGGCCCAGCGCCACGUCACCGCCCAGCAGCCCUCCCGAUUGGCGGGCGGGGCGACUAUAAAGGGAGGGCGCAGGCGGCGCCCGGAUCUCUUCCGCCGCCAUUUUAAAUCCAGCUCCAUACAACGCUCCGCCGCCGCUGCUGCCGCGACCCGGACUGCGCGCCAGCACCCCCCUGCCGACAGCUCCGCCACUAUGGAAGAUAUGAACGAGUACAGCAACAUAGAAGAAUUCGCAGAGGGAUCCAAGAUAAACGCGAGCAAGAAUCAGCAGGAUGACGGUAAAAUGUUUAUUGGAGGCUUGAGCUGGGAUACAAGCAAAAAAGAUCUGACAGAGUAUUUGUCUCGAUUUGGGGAAGUUGUAGACUGCACAAUUAAAACAGAUCCAGUCACUGGGAGAUCAAGAGGAUUUGGAUUUGUACUUUUCAAAGAUGCUGCUAGUGUUGAUAAGGUUUUGGAACUGAAAGAACACAAACUGGAUGGCAAAUUGAUAGAUCCCAAAAGGGCCAAAGCUUUAAAAGGGAAAGAACCCCCCAAAAAGGUUUUUGUGGGUGGAUUGAGCCCGGAUACUUCUGAAGAACAAAUUAAAGAAUAUUUUGGAGCCUUUGGAGAGAUUGAAAAUAUUGAACUUCCCAUGGAUACAAAAACAAAUGAGAGAAGAGGAUUUUGUUUUAUCACAUACACCGAUGAAGAGCCAGUAAAAAAAUUGUUAGAAAGCAGAUACCAUCAAAUUGGUUCUGGGAAGUGUGAAAUCAAAGUUGCACAACCCAAAGAGGUAUAUAGGCAGCAACAGCAACAACAAAAAGGUGGAAGAGGUGCUGCGGCUGGUGGCCGAGGUGGUACGAGGGGUCGUGGCCGAGGUCAACAGAGCACUUAUGGCAAGGCAUCUCGAGGGGGUGGCAAUCACCAAAACAAUUACCAGCCAUACUAAAGGAGAACAUUGGAGAAAACAGGUGUGUAUAAGAGUACAGGAAAACAGUAGAAAUGUCUAAUUUAAUUUAAAGAUCAAUAGACAAACGUAAAAACAAAAUACUAUGUAGCCUGUUCUUACUAAAUUGUUGAUUUUUUUUAAUUGCUUUAUGAGCCUGUUUUGCCUAAAGUGUCUAUAGAUCUUUAACUUUAAAGUCUUAUCUCACUUUCUUUAGUAUUGCAGAAAAACUUAAGAGUUUUUCUGUUUGCUUUUGUGUACCAGGUGGUCUAGAGGAAUAAUUAAACAUUUUAGAACUAUUAACAGGUAAAGUACUGAAAUGGGUACAACUUAAGGAAAACAAGAAUGUUGUCUUCUAACUCUGACAUUAUACCUUGUUUGUACCCGCCAGCGGGAACUUCAUUGCAGGCCGUGUGUCACCCUGACCACGUCUAUCUCUGGGGGUCGCACGUUGCGGGCAGAGCGCAAGGCAUACACCAGAAAACGCUGUCCUGUGGUAUGGUCUCUUCCAACUUCAUGUACCAGCGUAAAGAUUAAAGUGGAAAACUUCAGACUUUGGCUUCUUUUUUAAUCUUUUUGGAGAUUAAGUGUCUAAACUUAACUUAAAUGGUUUUUUACAGGAGUUAAAAUACAUAAAUGCCUUUUUACAGCUUAAUCAUUUUGGUCUUCUGUUUAGUGUUGUAUUUCAAUUGUGGAGCCUCAUUUUAAGUGUUCAUUCUUUUAAGAUUUAAUGCUUGCUUUUUCUUUUUAUAGCUAAUAGUGAAAUCUACAAACCAAAACAAGAACUUUUAAAUCUGGGAUAUAAAUUAAAGAUCAUAUGCACAAUUCAAUUUAUGUUCUUGUAAUAAGCUUAUUAGAAAUUGGUGUUUGUGAUAGCAUUUUACUUGGGUUACUAGAGAUGCUUCUAGUAGACCUUAAUCUAGCAUAGUUGAACCUGUGAAUAUGGGAAGAUUGUAUUCCCAGAUUCUUUCCUGAAUAGAUUUGAAUUUAUUAUUAUUUGGGAACUCCAGGGUGAGUUUAUUGACUACCCAAACUGUAUUUUGCCAAUAAAUAUGCAUAUGAUCUUUAAUUAUUGAAGAAAAGAAUAAAGUGAGGACUUAAAACAAUUCAUGAAAGUGGACCUUUAAAAGCUUGUCAGAGUUGCACAAAUCUAAUUGGUAUUUUGUUUUUGUUUUUAGGAGGAGAUGUUAAAGUAACCCAUCUUGCAGGACGACAUUGAAGAUUGGUCUUCUGUUGAUCUAAGAUGAUUAUUUUGUAAAAGACUUUCUAGUGUACAAGACACGAUUGUGUCCAACUGUAUAUAGCUGCCAAUUAGUUUUCUUUGUUUUUACUUUGUCCUUUGCUAUCUGUGUUAUGACUCAAUGUGGAUUUGUUUAUACACAUUUUAUUUGUAUCAUUUCAUGUUAAACUUCAAAUAAAUGCUUCCUUAUGUGAUUGCUUUUUUGCGUCAGGUACUACAUAGCUCUGUAAAAAUGUAAUUUAAAAUAAGCAAUAAUCAAGGCACAGUUGAUUUUGUAGAGAGUAUUGGUUCAUACGGAGAAACUGUGGUCCUUUAUAAAUAGCCAGCCAGCAUCACCCUCUUCCCCAAUUUGUAGGUGUAUUCUAUGCUCUUAAGGCUUCAUCUUCUCCCUGUUAAGUGAGGUUUCUACCACACCUUUGAACAAUGUUCUUUCCCCUCUGGUUAUCUGAAGACUGUCCUGAGAGGAAGACGUAAGUGUUGUGAUUAGUAGAAGCUUUCUAGUAGACCAUGUUUCUUCUGGAUUGUAGUAAAAUUGUUAGUAGCUCCUUUUACUUUGUUCCUGUCUCUGGAAAGCCAUUUUUGAAUCGCUAAUUACUUUGGCUUUAGUCAGUGGUCACCUGGUAAAAGCUUUGUAAUCAUAACACAAUCACUUAAUUCUUGAUAAAAAUUCAGAUGCACACAGGAACACUGUAAAACUGGUAGGAUCUAUGGUUUAAGAGCAUUUAAAGUAGUUAUAACUCAAGGAUUUUAGUAGAAAGGUAUGAGUGUGGUCAAAAGUUAGAUUAAAAUUUGAAAUAGUGGCAAAAGAUUUAGUUGUGUUGUUUUCUCGCAGUCACCACAAGAUUGAACAAAAUGUUUUCUGUUUGGGCAUUCUGAGGAAAUUGUAUUACAGUUAGCUAUUAAUGCUGUGUGAGUUUAGAAAAAGUCUUGAUAGUAAAUCUAGUUUGUAACACAGUGCAUGAACUGAGUAGUUAAAACAGUUCCAUAUUCAGACAUAGGAAUAGUGGAAAAGGUAUCUUAGGUGUGUCAGUCAAUCCAAAUGUGACUUGAGUCAUUACAGUGGACCCUCUGGGUGCACUGAAAAGAAGCCGUUUUAUGUCCAGGUUUGAGAAGACCUGGAAUAAAUAAAAGCUUUGAAUUUUGCAUUCAGUGUAGUUGGAUUUUGGGUCCUUUGCCUCAAUGUUAGCUACUGGGAUUGGCAGAUGUGUUCACAGGCAGAGUAGUCGAUCUCACACAACGGGUGAUCUCACAAAACUGGUGUUUCUUAAGCUGAUGAGCCCCCUCCUUUUUUAAUUUGGUGCUUACAACUUGGUUACAAUGAUUAUACUUCUUGAGCUAUCACGUUAUAAUGCUCUUGGCCUUUUUUUGCUGCUGUUUUGCUAUUUGUUCUCACACCUAGGCCAAGUACCAGUGUUGGCUGUUAGAAGGGAUUCUGUUCAUUCAACAUGCAACUUUAGGGAAUGGAAGGAAGUUCAUUUUUAAGUUGUGUUGUCAGGUGCAGUGUCUAGGGUAGUGAAUCCUGUAAGUUCAAAUUUAUGAUUAGGUGACAAGUUGACAUUGAGAUUGUCCUUUUCCCUGAUCAAAAAAUGAAUAAAGACUUUUUAAACAAA